UCACACUACCCUGCAACUCCAUCAUCUUCUUCACUGCGAUAUCAGUUCAUUCUUCUUGCAGUAUUUUCGUGGGGGGCCACCAAGACUCAUUCUUUUGAUCUUUUCUGCGACCAAUCAAUCAUCUAUUUCGACCUUAAAUUUUGUUCUGCGUGUCAAAUCUAAGUAGAAAACAACAAAAAUUAGGCCUGUCUUGCUUGCUGGUUACAUAAAUGUCGUUUUAAAAAGCCAUCAAUGUCGGAGCCGACAUAGCCGCUGAAUAAUUGAAACCCAGAAAGCUGAAAUUUGCACUGGUUCGCUAUGGACUAUUAUGGGUGUUGGGUUCUCACGGGUUUGAUAGCACCUCUUUAGUAUCUUCUCUUGUUAAUGGUGAUUUCCAAGCUUGCAAACUAUAAUCUUUUUGCCCAAGAUUUGAUUUUUCUGCUGCCCUUUGGUGGUUCCUCCUAGAAGAAGAAUCAGAUUGUCGUCUGUUUGGUGAAAUUUUUGACUGAUAAAAACACAAUGAGACUUAAAUUCUUAUCAGCAGUUCUUGCUUUUGUUGUCUUCCUGCUAUCGAUUCUUCCUGGGAUUUUUGCUGAUCUUGAAUCUGAUAGACAGGCCUUACUAGAGUUUGCUGCAUCUGUACCUCAUGUCCGGAAGCUCAACUGGAAUUCUACUCGCCCGAUCUGCAGUUCUUGGGCUGGGAUCAAAUGCGGUGAAAAUGGAAGGAGGGUGAUAGGAAUUCAUCUCCCGGGUGUCGGUUUCUUUGGCCCUAUCCCAGCCAAAAGUAUAGGGAAGAUGGAUGCUCUUAGGGUUCUUAGCCUAAGAAGCAACCAUUUCAAUGGAACUCUACCUUCUGAUAUCUUUGCCAUUCCUUCUCUUCAAUCUAUCUACCUUCAAGAUAACAACUUUACUGGUGAAAUUCCUGGUUCCCUCUCGCCUCUGCUUGGUGUAAUAGAUCUAUCCGGUAAUGCUUUUACUGGAGAAAUUCCAGCCGGGAUCAAGAAUUUGACGCGUUUAUCAGUGCUGAAGCUACAAUAUAAUUCGUUAUCUGGAACUGUCCCUGAUCUUGAAACUUCAAGGCUAAAGGUUUUGAAUUUGAGCUAUAACAUGCUGAAUGGCUCGAUCCCGAAUUCCCUCCAUAAGUUUCCAGUUUCUUCGUUUGUGGGUAAUUCUCAUCUUUGCGGGAAACCUCUGAGUGAAUGCUCCACGAUUUCUCCAUCACCAUCAUCGUCUCCUGCAUUUUCCAAGAAGAAACUCAGUGCUGGAACUGUCAUUGCUAUUGCCAUAGGGGCUUCCUUGUUGCUGGCUUUCCUGGCACUGCUAAUCUGCUUCUGCUGUUUCAAGAAGAAAGUCUCGGAUGGCGGUGAAGUUAAGGAGAAGGUUGCUAACGGGGGAAGGAGCGAGAAGCCUGAGGAUUUUGGAAGCGGGGUUCAAGAUUCUGAGAAGAACAAGCUGGUGUUCUUUGAAGGGUGCUCGUACGGCUUUGAUCUCGAGGAUCUGCUAAGGGCUUCUGCUGAAGUUCUUGGGAAAGGGAGCUAUGGAACUGCAUACAAGGCCGCCUUGGAUGAGAUGGCAAUGGUGGUGGUGAAACGCCUGAGAGAAGUCGGAGCAGGAAAACGAGAGUUUGAACAACACAUGGAGCUUAUGGGAAGAAUCGCUCGACACCCAAACAUAGUGCCACUAAGAGCUUAUUACUAUUCCAAGGAUGAGAAGCUUCUUGUUUAUGAAUACAUGCCUGUUGGCAGCUUAUUUGAAGCCCUCCAUGGCAACAGAGGCGUUGAUCGAAGCCCGCUAGACUGGGAUUCGAGAUUGAAGAUCUCGAUAGGAGCAGCAAAGGGAAUAGCGCAUAUCCACUCUGAAGGUGGCAUUAGAUUUACUCAUGGCAAUAUAAAAUCCUCGAAUGUACUUCUUACAACGAGCCUCGAAGGUUGUGUUUCCGACUUUGGCUUGAGCCCUCUGAUGAACUACAUCGCGAUCAAAUACAGGGGUGCGGGCUACCGGGCUCCUGAAGUGAUUGAAACACGAAAAGUCACACAGAAGUCCGAUGUGUACAGCUUCGGGGUGCUGCUCCUCGAGAUGCUCACUGGCAAAUCCCCUCUGCCAACGGGGCAUGACGAUGUCGUUGAUUUGCCUAGGUGGGUCCGGUCCGUGGUCCGGGAGGAGUGGACAGCUGAGGUUUUCGACGUAGAGCUGAUAAAGUACCAGAACAUAGAAGAAGAGAUGGUGCAGAUGCUUCAAAUCGCUCUUUCGUGUGUGGCUAAAGUGCAGGAUGCUCGGCCUUCCAUGGAAGAAGUGGUUAGGAUGAUCGAGGAUAUCCGGCAGCCCGAUGAAGACACCCGACCCUCAUCCGAGGACAGGUCUCGAGACUCGAACGAACGCACCCCAGAGUGCAACUAUCCAUAACUAUAGUAGGGGAUGCAAAUUACUUAAUUGCCUGUAAUUCUUGAUCAAGCAGAAACAUGAAUGCUAAUGCUAAAAAUAUACUUUUUUUUAUAUCCAUAAAAAA